AUGUCGAAUUCGUUACGGAACCUCAGCAAGAGAUACGGUGCCAAUUUGGAACGGUUUCCGUUUUUUCUCCGGAAAAUGUUCGAUCAAAUGUCUAGGGAGGCACAGUUACCAGCAUUAAGUUCAGAAGUGGCAGAAGUGCCGAUGAAGAAAAGGUUCAAUAAACCUGAACAAUGGAAAGUUGAAGUUGGAGACCGUGUUUUAAUGACAAAGGGUAAAUAUAGAGGACAUGUCACGAAAGUUCUCGCUCUACAUCGUCCUACAAACAGACUCUUCUUAGAACUAGCCGAGACAAAGAAGAUGGUUGUGCCGAAACAAUUUUGGCAACCUGGCCAAUCGACACAUGUGAUUGAUUAUCCGAGAACAGUUCAUCCAGAUGACGUGAAGGUUGUUGGAACGGCCAUUGAGAGGGCUGAAGACGGAACAGAAAGAGAGAAGGACAUUGCAGCUGAUCAAUUGGUGUUUAAAGGAGAGUAUUGGGAUGCUGACUAUGGCAAGAUGAUGCCGUACAGAAGGGUGAGGUUCCAUGAGAAUAUCAUUAUUCCAUGGCCUAGACCGGAACCUGAAGAAGAGUGUUCGUUCUCUACUCCUAUAGAGGCUGCCGAGGAAAGAACGUAUCUUCCAAAGUGUUUAGUUCGUACAGAUGCUCCUGAAGGUAUAGUGGAAUCACUUCGAGAUCCAUUGAUUAAGAGACGUUACAAAUGGGACAAGCAGUACAUAACUAGAAGCGAAGCCAAGAAAUUACGUCAACCUGAGAUGCCAUUUAGUGAUGUCAAGAAGGCGAUGUUUGCUGAGAGAGCCCAAAUCAGAGCCAAUACUCCUACUGAGCCAAGUACAGAGACUAUAGAGCUUGUUGGUAAACUUGUUGCCGACAGGUUAAAUAGUGUGACAGAUCCAAAUUUUGCUGCCUACGUCAAUAGCGUGGCACCAGAUGCUAGAGCCAAGAAAAUCGAGGCUAGAGAGAAGGCUAAAAUGAUUCAUGAUGAGAAGAUCAGAGAAGCCCAGGAGAGAAAUAAAAUCAGGCGCAGAACAGAGGCCAAGUAUAAAUCAAGAAGCCAGAAGAGGAAUGGCAAUGUAGUGUUCUAG